CAAAUCUAGUAUUAUAUCAGUAAUCAGUUUUGAUUUGGACUGCAUACAUAUAUAAACAUACUUAGUGACUUUGUAACGACUUAUGAAUACAUUCACAGGACUUAAGAAAUUAUGAUAUAUCAAGGAAAUAAUUCGGACUUACCGAUGGCUUAUAAUCCGUUUUUUCUGCAUCGUCCAGCAGACUAUAGUGCGCUUCUAGCUCAGCAACAGCAAUAUUUAUCCAACAUCGCUCUACAAUCGCCUGGUUAUGCCGCAUCCCUGCUCCCUAAACUGCAGCAGGCCAUGGGUACUAUGGGUAGAUCCCCACUCACACCAGCUGAUUUAAUGCACCCUCUACAUCAGAGACAAAUGAGGAAUAUGGACCCACCAGAGUCUGAAAUUCAUGACGACCCUAAAGUUGAACUUGAAGGCAAAGAGCUGUGGGACCAAUUCCACAGUAUGGGAACUGAAAUGGUCAUCACAAAGUCAGGAAGGCGAAUGUUCCCGCCAUAUAAAGUACGUGUUUCUGGUCUGGACAAAAGGGCUAAAUACAUUUUGUUAAUGGACACAGUCCCUUUGGAUGACUGCAGGUACAAGUUCCACAACAGUAGAUGGGUUGUCGCAGGAAAGGCUGAUCCAGAGAUGCCCAAGAGAAUGUACAUUCACCCAGAUUCUCCAAGCACUGGCGAGCAAUGGAUGCAAAAAGUUGUCUCCUUCCACAAACUUAAACUGACCAAUAACAUCUCUGACAAGCAUGGAUUCGUAAGUUAUCAUUUUACUAUUCUCAACUCCAUGCACAAGUACCAGCCUCGGUUUCAUCUAGUUCGUGCUAAUGACAUUUUGAAGCUACCUUAUUCCUCGUUCCAGACAUACGUGUUCAAAGAAACCCACUUUAUUGCAGUUACAGCGUAUCAGAAUGAAAAGGUAACGCAGCUAAAGAUCAAUCACAAUCCAUUUGCAAAGGGUUUUAGAGACCAAACAGGGACUGGCAAGAGAGAGAAAAAAAGGCACAUUUCAAGUUCCUCAAGCCAACAAUUAGUUUCAUCAGACCGAGAACAAAUCAAAGCAGACACAACUCUGAGCGACGAUGAAGACGAGACUGAGAUAUGUGUUGACGAAACUGACGAUGUUUCAUCUGAGGUAACAUCUGCAACAGAACUUAAAGGAAUUAUUGCGACCGAACAGGAAAGUGGUAUUGAUAUGAAGAUUCCUCAUAGUAUCCACUCAGAUGUAUUUGGAGUAAAGCAAUCAUUAGAUACAUCUGAUGACCCAGUACACAAAGAAGGAUUCCAACGCGCAGACAUAAAUCUUAGUUUGACAUCGUCGUCAAAUGAUGAAUUAGACAGAUCAGACAUUAGCCACGUAUCCCCUAAUAAAUCCGAAAGCGAGGCAGACCAUUCACAUUCAGAUGACUCUAUAAGUGAAGAAAAAUCUCGACUUAAAUCACCAGAAAUCUCGUUUCAUUCCGACUCAGACGACAAUCGAAAAGGACCAGUUAAAGCACCAAAUGUAACAGUUGUACAACCAUCAGCAACACAUGCUAUGUUUCCUUUUAUGUACCCGUCAAAUGGACUUUUCUCAUCUUCUUCAUCAUUUCCGUUUCCGCUUGGACACAUGUUAUUUAAUUCUGGAAAUUCAGCAUUUUCGUCACAACUUCCUUUUUUUUCACAAGGACAUGGUGACAUGAACAAUUUACCACCAACACAUCCAUUGUCAUUGUCGUUAUCGAACCAGUCUCUCUUACAACCAGCAUUUUCUUCCGGAAGUUCACCGUAUAGUCCAACAUCACCACAGAAUCAACCAUCUCAUCUUGGACCUAUGUUUUCAUCACGUUCUAGUCCUCGUUACACACCAUACUCACUUCCAUCGACAAAAACAACAAUGGUUACUUCAACUUCUCCAGUGUCAGCAACAGGGAAUCCAAUGUGUGGUGCAUCUGAUUCAUCUCCGUCAAUCUCACCGAGAAUGAACGGAAUUAGCCGACAUUCGCCGAACAGUAGAAGCCCACUUUCAUUGAACAUUCCAUCCCCAUACGACAGUUUAAACAAUCGUACAAAUAAUGACAUUAGAAGUAUGGAAAGAAUGUUAUAUGGCAUUAACCGAUCAAGACUUGAGUCAGACAAAUAAUAUUGUUGUUGUGUUAAUUGUUUAAUUUAUUUAUUUAGACGGGUAUUUAUUAUUAUUUUAUUUUUUGUUUUUCUUGUGUUCGAUUUAUUGUCAUAACUUACUUCCGGAACCUAAGUUGUUCUAGAUAUAGAUCUUUGGAUCAAGUGCUCAAGAAGUAAUCACGUGACAAUGAUGCAUUAGUAGGACGGACAACGCUCAUGAAAAACAUUGAUGCUGUGAUAUAUAUAGAAUAAGACAGGGUUAAAGUAAUUACACGAAUAUAUCUACGAUAAAGCAUAACAGAUCUUGAUGCCUUUAUUCAUUUUUUUAAAGUAAAAAUUAACGUUUUAGGUGUAUAUAUUUAGACUUUCUUCUAGUGAAUUCUUAUUUCUGUACAUUGUUUAAACGAUUAAUGGCAUUGAUUUUUCAGGGCUUUACUAGUAAAUGGGAAGUGUGCAAUAUUUGUUCUCAAUAUGUAUCUAAACAAUAAAUGAAUGAAACUUAA